AUGUCUUCGACACCCGAAUAUCAGCCCUUUCUCAAAUACUCGGACGACCCAUCGACCGAAGAGCCAACAUCACCAAGGCGGCAGUCCGCCCGUCGAAACACGCUUCUUUCUCACGUUUUCGUUCUCAUCGGCACGUCGUUAGUCUGGGUCCUGAUCUUCUUUCUAUUCUUUCCGACACCUUCUGCGACGACCUCAUCCGAGGGUAGUGCAAUAUCCCACUUACCAAUUACCUACGGAUCUGGCGAACGACACAACAUCACCAGUGGUAGGACAAGAAUCUCUUGCGGCAACACAACACAAGAGGCGAGAGCAAAAGGCUGCAAAUACGAUGUCUUAUUGAAUCACUGGGUCCCGGCGCAAUGCUUUGACAAGGACUCCGUCGCCGAAUAUCAAGAAGACGCUAGUUGGGGGGCUUUCGCGGACAAAAACAUGACACAACAAUUGACCAUCGAUGAGAUGUCAGAAAGAGACUUCUACUGGACCUCAAUCCGGGACCACAUCAACCAUUGCGCCAUCAUGUGGAGGCGCCAAUUUUACGCGCUCUACGACGAGCGGCUUGCAAUCGAUACCAUUGUCACCAGUCCCGGACAUACAGAGCACUGCUCUCAGUAUCUUAUGGAUGCCGUAGACUCGAAGUGGAAGGAACCGACGAAGACGAUGAGAGGUUUUGCGGGUUGUUGGGUACGCGAGGCAUAG